UAUUUUUUUUUUCGUUUUUUUAACGACGCAUGAGGGUCAUGCGUCUUAGGUAUAGACGCAUCUCCCUCAUGCGUCUGUUGUUUUUUUAAAAUAUAAUAGACGAAGCAUGAGCAUCAUGCGUCUUAUAGAGAGACGCAUGAGGCUCAUGCGUCUCUAUUUCGAAUUAAAUCAGUUCCGCGAGAGGCAGAAGGCAGAAUACACGCGAGAGAGAAUUCUGAUAGGCGACUUCCGGCGAUUCCUUGGCGAUUUCUUGGCGUAUCCGACGAUUUCCUCUCGUUUUCCGAUGGAGAUUUCAAGUUCUAGUGGGCAAUUAUUAUAUGGACCCGAAGACCUGUCCUUGCUAAAUUUGCAGAAACAUCACAUUUCACAUAAACUCAUGAAAGAGGACACAACCCAAGUAUUUAAAGUCCGAAGGACAGAAAGCAAGACUUGGGACGUCGAAAUUCACGAGAAUGUUAGAUAUUGGCUUGACGUCUUUGGUUUCAAAGGCGUGAUCGAUUGUGGGAAGCCCAUGAAGGUGGACAACGAGCUGAUCACGGCGUUGAUUGAGCGUUGGAGACCGGAGACGCACACUUUCCAUCUACCGAUCGGCGAGGCGACGAUCACCUUGGAAGAUGUGCAAGCCAUUUGGGGCUUGAGGGCGGAUGGUCGCGUUUUCACAGGGCGUGACUAUCAUGACAACUUUUCUGACUGGACCAGCAAGUGCCGCGAUCUGUUGGGAUGGAUACCAGAUACUUCCACAGAGACAAAGCAAGGCGGUUUGCUGAUGACCGCACUGAUCAACCAGACAAGGAUGCCUCUGGGUGAUGACCUACCUAUGUACGUAUACAUCCAAAGGGCACGUAUCCAUGCCCUAAUUUUAUUAGGAGGUCUCAUUCUACCGGACACCACGGGGUGUAAGGUGCCAUUUAUGUGGUUGAAUGGGCUUGGGGAUCCAGAAGAGGUGAAGAAUAUUAGUUGGGGAAGUGCGGCAUUGGCCUACCUUUAUCAUUAUCUGUGCGAGGCUUCCAUGGAUAAGAGAAAAGAGUUGGGCGGGCCUAUGAUGCUUCUGCAGCUAUGGGCGUGGGAAAGAAUGCCCACAUUGAGGCCUGCGUUCAUUGGACCAGUUGUACACGAGCCAUAUACACCAUGUGGCGCCAGGUGGAAAGGAACAACGCAGAUAGGAAAUGCUCCUAGACACUCGGUUGAGCAUUAUCGUGACCAAAUAUCUCUGAUUAGACCCAGUACAUGGUACUGCGUUCAUUACCAACUUCAGGUACCUCAGAAGGACCACUAGGCAGUCUGCGAAAAUAUUUCAACCCGGUGUGAACGUAUUCUGGAAGUGGUUGUUCACCUUGCACGACGGGUUUAUACACUACCUCCUCAUCACUAGAGUCAGCACCAGAAUCAUCACUUAAAAUCUCAUCAGACGAGGAUGACGACAAUUCUGGAUCAUCAAGGUCUCUUCGUACAACAUGAACAUCAUCAUGCUCUUCUACAUUCUCUUGAGUAUUCAAUCCAACAUCAGCAGCAUCUGCAACAUCUGUUUGCUCAUUCAUACCGCAAUCCAUGCUCAAAGGUUCAAACCUCGUAGAUGAUCCAACACCAUGAUCAACAAUUGGUGGGAUGAAGGCAUUUCCAACAUACGAAUACUCAACAAAUAAUUCAAUAUGCCGAGUCGAAUUUAGAGCCGCAUUGAACAUAUAAAACACACUUUGAUCACUGUCAACCGCAGUACAUACAUAACUCGUACCGGUACCCAAGAAACAAUGCCUCCAAGAUAUUUCGAUGAAGUGUUGGUUUGAAUCUAUUCUUAUCUUAACACAUAUCAUUGCAACUAAUUCAGAUAAUGAGACACAUGAAUCCAAUACGAUGGAAGCUCUCGCACGAGGAGGAUCAUAACAAAUACCCACUUGA